AUGCAGAGAUUUUGCACUAAGCUACGUUCACUUUCCCUUCAAUCAAAUCGGAAUCUCUCUUCUAUCGGUUCUCCUCACCGUCUGAUCCACCAUUCUCCGAGUUCUCACUUAACCCUAGGUUUCCCCACCACGACCAAAUGGAGAUUCGUUCCCACCGCCGCAUUGAACGGAGUUUCUCCUUUGAACGCUAGCUCCAUGGGGUCUACCUUUGUUCCUCAUCACUUUGUUCAAGUACGGAAUAUCACUACCAAGGAUAAAAUGGCUAAAUGGAAGAAGAAGUGGAGACCUAGGACUCCAAUCACAUCAAAAGUCAAGAAAGUCAAGAUAAAGUUCUAUUCGUCAUACAAAGACAGGUUUAGACCACUGAAAGAUGGUACCAUCCGUCGCUGGAAAGAAGGCAAGCGCCACAACGCACACUUGAAAUCAAAGAAAUCGAAGCGUAGAUUGAGACAGCCUGCACUAGUACCAGCAGCAUAUGCCAAAGUUAUGAAGAAACUCAAUUUCUGCAAUUGA